AUGAGCGUCGACACGGGGCGAUCGGAUCUCUUCGCGGAUGCCGGGCAGCAGGACGUGGUCCUGAGCCUCAAGGCGCAGCUGAACGAGAAGGACCUCGAGCUCAUCGAGCUGCGGCAACAGCACAAGCAGCUGAGGGAGCGGUCUCAGGAAGCAAGAGAUAAUUUUGAGACUGCCCUAGAGUGCAAGGACGUGGCCGUCCUGCAGCUCGAGGAAGUCCUUUCUGACCGAGAGCGAGCAUUGGAGGAUGCCACGGAUGUGCAGCGGGAACUCACAGAGCUCAACGAGAAGGCUGUGAAGGAACUUGACAGGCAAAGAGAAAAGCUGCAGCAGCUCGAGAAGGUCGUCCAGGACACGAAGGCGGACCUGUCCUCUGCUGUGGCUGAAAAGAAUGAGGCAGAGGCAGAGGUCUUCAAGCUCCGGGUACAGCUCGAGUUGGCUGCCAAGCAGGCCGAAGACCUCCUUUCCAGCCAGCAGCAGGCUGUUGCAGAAAUCAAGGAGGCAAAAUCUGGCGAAUUGCAGUCAGCACAGCAGCACUCCGCCAGGCUUGAGAGCGAGUGCCAAACUCUGCGAUCGGAAAAUUUGGAACUCCGACAAGCAAUAUGGGAGAGGGAGAGGGACAUCAGUGAUCUCCGGCAAAAACAACAAGUGUGGCCGCCAUAUGCCUCUGGGAUGUCCCACGCGUACAUUUGCAGAAGCACUUCGUGUGGCAAAUUCUGA